AUGGCCACGUUUAACAAGUUCUUUUCCUCUGUUUUCCUCGCUGUUCUGUACGCGUCAUCAUACGGAAAUGCAGCACCUUGGCCUACGAACGCAAAGCACGGCACCCAUCGUGUUAGGACUCUUGGGAAAGGUGUUCAGGUUGAGGCGUUCCACCCUCCAAGCAGCUACAAGACCUAUGGAGCCGGUGUCGACCUCGCAUCAUCGUUCACGAGCUCCGGAAUCGAAGACAAGACUGUUUCCUACAUCUCAUCAGAGUUGCAAGUCGAUUCGGCCAAAGUGACUUUCAAGUCUGGUUAUACCCAGAACGGCCAAUCCUUUGCUUACGCGAAGCAAGUCCAUAAUGGCAUUCCUGUCUCUAACGCCGUCGCCAACGUUGCAUUCAAAGAUAACAAGGUCAUCGCUUUCGGUCAUUCAUUCGUUGAUACCAGCAAGAUCGCUCCCUCUACACCCUCAGUUGACGUCAACGCUGUCAUCCCCAAGACCGAAGAGGUUCUAGAGGGUAAAAAGAACGAGAUCGAACCUACCCUCGAGUACCACGCUCUCGCAGACGGCAGUGUCGCCCUUGCACACGUCUUCCAAGUUCAGAAUGAUGAAGCCGGAACAUGGUAUAAGGCCUUUGUUGAUGCCCACACCGGUGAUUUGAUCUCUGUGACGGACUACGUCGCCGACGCAUCGUAUAAAGUUCUUCCCGUUAACAAGGAGCUCAUCACUGACGGCCUCGAACUCGUCACAGAUCCUCAGAACACCGCCUCUUCCCCAAGCGGAUGGCAUAGCGACGGUAAAAGUAACACCACCGACACGUCAGGUAACAACGUCGUUGCUUACAAGGGCUCCGUGUCCUCUACUACCAAGCAAUCUGCCGACAAUCUCGUUUUCGAUUACACUUACGAUACCACCAAGGCACCCGACGUUGCCAACAACGUCAACGCAGCCCGCACCAAUGCCUUCUAUCUGGUCAAUUCCUACCACGACACAUUGUACCAAUACGGUUUCACCGAGGCUUCCUUCAACUUCCAGAACGACAACUUUGGAAAGGGCGGUGCUGGUAACGAUAGAAUCCGUAUCAGCGUGCAAGAUGCAUCUGGCACCGACAACGCUGACUUUGCCACUCCUCCCGAUGGUCAAUCUGGACAAUGCAGAAUGUUUAUCUGGACUGCUACUAACCCAAAACGCGAUGGUGUCCUUGAAAACGACAUCCCCCUCCAUGAAGUUACUCAUGGUCUUACCAACCGAAUGACAGGUGGAGGAACUGGUGAGUGUUUGCAGAGUCUAGAGGCAGGUGGUAUGGGUGAAGGAUGGUCAGAUAUUGUUGCCGACUGGUUCUCUCACUCCGACUCUGCUGACGUUACCGAUUUUAUCAUGGGUCAGUAUGUCACCAACGACCCGGCCGGUAUUCGUUCGCAUCCUUACUCCACCUCCGCAUCCACCAACCCCCUCCGGUACUCCGAUAUUGCUAAACUGGAUGAGGUUCACAACAUUGGAGAGGUAAGAACGGUUCAUCCAGAGAUGGUUCUUUUUAAAUCUCUCACCUUCUUCUUUCUCCCCAAUCCCCUUUGA